AUGACAAUCGUCCGCGCGAAGGGGACCUUUGAGUUCUCCCCGAAAGCGGGCGAAAAGCGCGGCCACGAAGCAGCCGCCGGCGACGAUGGGCCCGGUGAUGAAAGGGAGCGCGGCACAGAGGCUGGCGUAGAGGACGACGUGUCCGACGAGGAGCUGCAGCGGCGCCGCGUUGCCGCGUACAAGCCCCCAGACCCCACCCACUGGGACCUCCCAGACACCCACAAGAAGUGGGACGACGAAUUAGCGGCACUCAUCGCCGACAAGACCCCCCCCCCGCCCCCCGAAGCCGCGGGGGAGUGGUGGCGCGGCAUGGGCGAGCCGCGGUACAUGGUCGCGCCCAUGGUCGACGCCAGCGAGCUCCCGUUCCGCCAGCUGUGCCGCAAGCACGGCGCGACGGCCGCCUACUCGCCCAUGUUCCACGCGCGCCUUUUCGCCGAGAGCGCUCCCUACCGCGCGGAGCAGUUCAGCACGUGCGAGGCGGACCGGCCGCUGUUCGUGCAGUUCUGCGCGAACGACCCGCCCACGCUGGUGCGCGCCGCGAAGCUCGUGGAGGGCCAGUGCGACGCGGUGGACCUCAACCUGGGCUGUCCGCAGCGCAUCGCGAAGCGCGGGCGGUACGGGGCGUUUUUGAUGGAGGACAUCGACCUGGUCGAGAGCCUCGUGCGCGCGCUGCACAAGGAGAUCAGCACGCCCGUGACCGUCAAGAUUCGGUGUUUCCCGGACGUGCGCGAGACCAUCAAGUACGCCCGCCGCCUCGAGAAGGCCGGCGCGUACCUCGUCGCCGUCCACGGCCGCACGCGCGAACAGAAACGCGCCGCCGAGGUCGCGGCGGACUGGGAGCAGAUUCGCGCCGUCAAGGCCGCGCUCAGCGUCCCCGUGUGCGCCAACGGCAACGUCCGGUGCGUCGAGGACGCCGACCGGCUGAUGAAGUUCACGGGCGCGGACUCGUGCAUGUCGGCCGAGAGCCUGCUGCGCAACCCGGCGAUGUUUGGCCAGCGGCGGGAGGGGGGGGGGGAGUCGUGGCAGCCGCCGGCGUCGGCGACGCCCGCCGCGAACUGCGCGGACCUGCUCCUCGAGUACCUCGACGAGGUCGAAAACCACCCGGUCCAAAUGAGGAUGAUCAAGGGUCACGUGCACCAGCUAUUGGGAGAUUGGCUUCAGGAGUUCACCGACCUGCGCGACGUGGUCAACGGCGCGAACGGCGCGGGCCCGCCGACGGUCGCGCGCCUGCGCGACAUGGCCGUGGACAUCCGGGAGCGCAUCCGCGCCGCGGGGCGGCCGUAUCCAGUCCCCAGAUUGAGUUGGAGGGCAAUCAAGAGAAUCCGAUUGGAGGCGGCGCGGCAGGCGGCGCAGGAGGCGCAGGAGAAGGAGGAGGCCGAGGUGGCGGCGCUGGACGCGCGCGCGGUGGACCCGCCGGCGCCGGGGACGUGA